CCCGAUAAGGAAACAACGCGGCUGUCCUUCUUGCAAGCCGCAUCAACACACAGCAAGCAGGCCUCCAAUGAACUGAAUGGCUCUGCCUAUAAAUUUCUCCUCUCAUGCCUCGUGAAAAUGUAAAACAGCCCCAUUGGCAAAUCCCCGUUUGCCUGCUGGCAAUAUUUAAGCCAUCUCGUGGAUUGGCAAGAGGCUGGCGGCAUCGAGGGUGACAGGAGAAAGAAACCCCAAGGUGCAGGAUAAACACACCAGGAAGAAAGGAAGGAAGGAAGGAAGGAAGGAAGGAAGGAAGGAAGGAAGGAAGGAAGGAAGGAAGGAAGGAAGGAAGGGCGCCCAGGAGAUCCAAGCGGCAAUGGAGCCAAACACAACCACUCUGCCUCCUGCCUUCCCCCAACAGAGUUUGGAGGCUGUGGAUAUUGUUGUCCUGGUUCUGUACUUUAUAUUUGUUUUGGCUGUUGGACUGUGGUCCAUGUGGAAAACCAAGCGAAGCACUGUGAAGGGCUACUUCUUGGCUGGAGGCGAGAUGGUCUGGUGGCCAGUGGGAGCAUCUCUCUUCGCCAGUAAUGUUGGCAGCGGACAUUUCAUUGGCCUGGCCGGCUCCGGGGCUGCAUCUGGAAUUGGUGCUACAGCUUACGAGUGGAAUGGCAUGUUCUGUGUCUUGGUGCUGGCAUGGCUGUUUCUGCCGAUCUACAUCGCAGCAGGGGUGACAACCAUGCCAGAAUAUUUGCAGAGGCGGUUUGGGGGCAAACGGAUUCAAAUCUUCCUAGCGAUUCUCUACUUGUUUAUCUAUAUAUUCACCAAAAUCUCAGUUGACAUGUACGCUGGGGCCCUCUUCAUCCAGCAGGCCUUGCACUGGGAUCUCUAUGUGGCUGUCAUUGGGCUACUGGUUAUCACAGCCGUUUACACUGUGGCAGGUGGCCUGGCAGCUGUGAUAUACACUGACGCCUUGCAGACUGUCAUCAUGCUAGCUGGGGCUCUGACGCUGAUGGUCUUCAGUUUUUCGAAAGUUGGAGGGCUGGAAGACUUGCAAAACAGAUACUUCCAAGCCAUUGCAAGCAGCCGCCAUGGCAACAACAGCUGCGGUUUACCCAGGGAUGAUGCUUUCCACAUCUUCCGGGAUCCUGUCACAUCUGACCUUCCCUGGCCUGGAGUGCUGGUUGGAAUGACCAUCCCCUCGCUGUGGUACUGGUGCACAGACCAGGUCAUUGUUCAAAGAUCUUUGGCAGCCAAGAACCUCUCUCAUGCCAAAGGUGGAGCCUUGCUGGCCUCCUACUUGAAAAUCCUGCCCUUGUUUAUGAUGGUUCUGCCUGGCAUGAUCAGCCGCAUCCUGUUUCCAGAUCUUGUGGCUUGUGCUGAUCCGGACGUCUGCAAAGAGAUCUGUGGCAACCCAUCUGGAUGUUCUGAUAUCGCAUACCCCAAACUGGUCAUUGAACUUUUGCCAAUUGGACUCAGAGGUCUGAUGAUGUCCGUGAUGAUUGCAGCACUGAUGUCCUCCCUGACUUCCAUCUUCAACAGCGCAAGCACCAUUUUCACCAUGGAUCUCUGGCGAAAUAUCAGGCCCCUCUCUUCGGAGUGGGAGCUCAUGAUCGUCGGCAGGGUCUUUGUCCUGCUCCUUGUAGUCAUUUCCAUCUUAUGGAUUCCGCUGGUCCAGGCCAGCCAGGGGGGACAGCUCUUCAUUUACAUCCAGACCAUCAGUUCCUACCUGCAACCUCCUGUGGCCGUGGUCUUCAUCCUGGGCUGCUUCUGGAGGAGAACAAAUGAAAAGGGGGCAUUCUGUGGCCUUUUGAUCGGGAUGGGAAUGGGCCUGAUCCGAAUGGUGCUGGAUUUCAUCUACCCGCUGCCACGGUGCGAUGAGGCAGACGGCCGCCCAGCGGUGGUGAAAUACGUCCACUACCUCUACUUCUCCAUGAUCCUGAGUCUGGCUACGCUGCUUGUGGUGGUGACUGUUAGUCUCCUGACAGAGCCUCCUUCAAAGGAAAGGAUCACCCGCCUCACCUGGUUCACCCGCAAGGAUGCUCAUGUAGAGAAGGAUGUCCUUCCACAAGCUCCCAGAAGCCCUGCUGUGCCUCUCCCUGCCAACGGUGUCCAUGAGGCUGGUCCUCCUUCUCCAGGGCAGCUUGAGAUCAGUGAUGGACCUGAAAACAAUCAAAACGGUCCCCUGGAUUGUAAGAAGACCUCCAAACUCACAAGGCUCUUUUUGUGGAUCUGUGGGAUGGAGAGCAGGAGUGCGGACACUCCGAAAUCUGCUGCAGAAUUGAAAAGUGAAACCGCCAUGGCUUCCACGAAGGAAGCACCUUUUGUGAAGCACAUCCUCAACAUCAACCUGAUGGUCUGCUUAAGUGCAGGCGUCUUCCUCUGGGCUUACUUUGCGUAGCAUCGAGCCUCGUCUGUUCAAAGGACGCUGUUCAGUUCCAAGCAGAUGGGCAUUGCUAUUGGAAGGACUAAGGCGAAUGAUAACACUUAUUAACGACCCAGUACCAGGCACUGUGUGUUUUUAAAAAUUCUCAAGGAAAGUAAAAAGGGCCUGAACGUUUGCAGAUGGACUUGAACAAUUCCCAGUAGGAGAAAUCCAGAGACUCUCUGAUGUAACCGGGUCCCAGACGGUGAUUUGGGGGCAAAGACCAAUAGCAGGUUUGCUUGGCACAGUUUUUAUUUAAACAAAUGAGACACCGUUCCUUUGCCAUGCAUUUCCUGACAGUCGCAUGACCCCACAUGUGGCAGGUCUCUUUUGUGGCUCUGGGGGUUGUAGCCAGCUAAGUUCUACUUGGAGUAAACCCAAUGAAAUUAGCAAACAAUAGCUAGGAUUAUGGAACUAACUAUUCCCUAGGAGGCAGUGAGGGCCACCAACCUGGAUGGUUUUAUAAGAGAAUUUGAUA